AUGACGACAGACAGCGUUAAGCAGCCGUGCGAGCGCGUGCGUUUUACGCGAAGCUGGAGCGGCGCUUCUGCGCGUAACAUCUGAAACGAAACCUAAAGAGUGAAAGACUGGAGCGCCUUCAUCCACAGAACUUUGAGCUCACGAGUUGAGUGCUCGACUCCAGGAGGAUCAACAUGGAGGAAUAUCCUUAUCCCGUCUUCGUGGAGGGAGAUUGGUCAUCUAUAAACGCGAAAACACUCCAAACUAAAUUGCAUGUUUAUUUCCAGAGCAAAAAGAAGUCUCAGGGAGGAGACUGCGUCAUCAAAUGGUCCGAGCGGAGAUGCACGGUCUUCUUCAGGUCAGAAAAAACUCGAGAUCGGUUUCUCUCGAAAAGAGGCCAUGCAGUAACCAUUGAGAAUCAAGUCGUGAAACUGAAGGUGUCCAAACCAUCCAGUGAUUCGGGGAGUCACACAGAUGAGGCUCAGAAAUCAACUGAAACAGGAAGUGAUGUAGCAACUGGAUUUCUUCAACCAGUUCCAGCUGUACAGAGAACCUGUAGUGUGCGAGUGGAUGAUGUACCUGCUGAUGCUGUCACCAAUAAGCAACUUCUAGAGCUAUACUUUGAGACAUGGGGUGGAGCUGUAGAGAAAAUCAUCACAAAUCCAGAGCAGAAAACUGUUAUUAUAAUUUUCCAGUCACAAGAUGCUGUACAAAGAAUUUUGGACAAGACCGAUCACAGUAUCUGCAAAGUGCCAGUCACCAUACAGCCAUACUUUGGUCUUGAUGAGAAUGAAAUCAGCAAGGGUCUGGAAGACACUCCACAGUCCAGUGCUGUGGUCAUUGAGAAAGUCCCAGACCAUCUUUCCAGAGAGUUCCUCAUGUUUUUAGUGGACAGUAUCUGUGGUACAUCUGAAGAUAAAUAUUCUUUGGAGUUAAUUCCAGAAUCCAACACUGCUGUUGUAACCUUUAAUGAUGCCAAAGCUGCUGAGAAGUUUCUACUAGAGUGCCAGACAAAGAAAAGGUUCCAGGACCAUGGUCUCAUGGCUCGGUCUCUGGAAAUAAGUAGAAGUAUUAAGGUGGAAAACCUUCCUGCUGAGUGUGCUAAUGAUUUUCUAGAACUUUACUUUGAUAAGUGGGGUGGAGCAGUGGAGAAACUCGACACAAUACCAGAUGAGCAGGCUGCCAUCGUCACCUUUCAUGAUCAAGAGGCUGUGAAGAAACUUAUUGAGAAGAAACUGUGUAUUAGCAAUAAUCCAAUCAAUAUAUACCCAUAUUACACCUCUUUGGGUUCCGCCUUGUAUGGCAAAGACAGAGCAACAUGGACCAUGCCCAAACCAUUUACAGAUAAGAUCCAUCCUGCCAUCAGAGAAUUCCUCCAGAAGAAGCGACAAAUCUCCUCCAUCUGUAAUCAGAUGAGCUCACACUUCUGCCAAGUGAACAUGGACAAUGAUGAAGUCCUGUUCAGUCCUCUUCCUACCCUGCUCAGACAAAAGGGUAUAACCAAAAAGCACAUAGACAACUGGAAGCAAGACACCAUAGAUGCUUUCAAAAACAUCCUCUCCAGCUUUGGUGUUUUUGAGUAUGUGGUGAUCCCUUCAGUAUGGACUGCAGUAGAGAAAGACAUCCGGUCAGUUGUAAAAGAUAAAGCUGUCCUGGAGGUGGAUUUCUCGACAGGAUGCCUGACUCUGGCAGGAAUGGCCAACGAUAUUAACAUGUUGAAACCGAUAUUGGAGAAAGUUUUAAAGGAAGCAUUAAGUCAGAUGGAGAGGGAAAAGAACAAGACUUCUGAGAGCAUUAUUAUGUCCACUGGCAUAUUCUUCUUAUUUCAGCAAGAGGGACUGCAACACAGUGCUUCAGCCAAAUAUCCACAGCUGGAACUGAUGUACAAAAAAGACACCAAUCAGUUAACGUUAACUGGGCUUCAUGUGGAAAUUAUUGACAUCAAGAAUAUGAUCUUAGAGAGGCAAUUGGGCAUGAAAGAGAAGAUCCUGAAAAUGGACUCUUCAUUACUGGAGUUCUUGAGAUCAGUGGACUCUGAGGAAAUGUCAGGAGAUCUGUUCAUAUCCAAGCGAAUUAGUGCAGUCUACAGAUUUGAAAAUGGGAACAUUGUUUUGACCGCAAGUACAGACAAAGCAUUGACUGAGGCUGAGGAGAAGCUUGACACAAUGCUGACAUUCCAGAGCCUUUCUGUAGAAAACCAAGAUCUGCUUGGUAAGCCAGAAUGGCAAGCUCUCACUAAUGAGCUGUAUGGUACAUACAACUUAUCCAGGAAGAAAACAGUGCUCAUAAAAUCCUCGGAGGACAGGAACACAGUUGUGGUUUGUGGCUUUAAAGAACCUGUCACAGAGGUCAGCAAGAGUCUGGAACAAUUGAUAAAUUCCCACGAUGCUAAGACUGAAACAGGAAGUGACUUAGCAGCUGUCUUACUGCCACCAGAUGAGACCCAGGAUGAAUCCAAAGCUGUGGUUCUGGAGAAAAUGCCAGAGAACUUUACCAGAGAGGUCCUUAUGAUCUUAGUGGACAGUAUCUGUGGUCUUUCUGACAAUGAAUAUUUCUUGGAGUUAAUUCCAGAAUCAAACACUGCUGUUGUGACCUUUAAUGACCCCAGCGCUGCAGAAACGUUCUUCAUAAAGUGCAGGAGUAAAGAAAAGUAUAAAGAUUAUGGACUCACAGCUCGGGCUCUGGAGAAAAGUAAAAGUGUUAAGGUGGAAAACCUGCCGGCUCAGUGCCCUGAGGACUUGCUAGAACUAUACUUUGAUAAGUGGGGUGGAAUGGUGGAAAGAAUUGACACAAUACCAGACGAGCAAGCCGCCAUUGUCACCUUUCAUGAUCAAAAGGCCGUCAAGAAAAUUCUGAAGAAAAAACACCUUAUUCGGAACACUCCAGUUGAUAUAUAUCCAUAUUACCCUUCAUUGUGUUCCGCGCUGUACGGCAAAGACAGACCAACAUGGACCCUUCCCAAAUCAUUUACAGAUAAGAUCCAUCCUGCCAUCAGAGAAUUCCUCCAGAAGAAGGGACAAAUCUCCUCCAUCUGUAAUCAGAUGAGCUCACACUUCUGCCAAGUGAACAUGGACAAUGAUGACGUCCUGUUCAGUCCUCUUCCUACCCUGCUCAGACAAAAGGGUAUAACCAAAAAGCACAUAGACAACUGGAAGCAAGACACCAUAGAUGCUUUCAAAAACAUCCUCUCCAGCUUUGGUGUUUUGAAGUAUGCAGUGAUCCCUUCAGUAUGGACUGCAGUAGAGAAAGACAUCCGGUCAGUUGUAAAAGAAAAUGCUGUACUAAUGAUGGAUGCCUCAACAGGAUGCCUGACUCUGGCAGGAAUGACUAAAGAUAUUAACAUGUUGAACCCGAAAUUAGAGAACUUUCUAAAGGAAGCAUCACUUCAGAUGGAAAAGGAAGGGAAGGGACAGUUAACACUUGACAAGGCCAUAUGUGUCAAGUCAUGUGCUGUGGUGAAAUUCAUAAAAGAGAAGAUGGCACAAGUUUGGCAGAAAAUUCUAAAAAGUGAUCAAGUAAAAAUACAUUUUGACCCCAAAAGGCCCUUAAUUCGAGUGUCUGGAGAGCAUAUCCAUGUUCAGCAAGCUCUGGACUUUUUUGAGGCAGUUGCAGAAAGUCUCCACACUGAUAGUUUAAUAAUUAGAAAAGCAGGAGCCAAAAAGUAUUUUGAGGAACAGGGAGCCAAUGUCAUGAUGAUGAUAAAGGAACUAAAAUUUGUGGUUGUGCUUGAGGAUGCUCCUAUGGAGGAAGAGGAUGAGAAGAGUUACAAUGAGGAGAGUGAUGAUGAAGGUAGAGCAGAAGAUUUUAGACAGCUUUUCUGUGAGAUUCAGGCUCCUGGUGGGAUUGUCAUCAAAGUCCUGAAGGCUGAUAUCUGCCAAUUUAAAGUAGAUGCUGUGGUCAAUGCUGCCAACGAGGACUUAAAGCACAUUGGUGGUUUAGCAUUAGCUAAAAAUGGGAAACUGCUACCUGGGAAUGCUAUUACUACAGACGCAGGACACCUGCCAUGCAAAUAUGUAGUGCAUGCUGUAGGUCCCCGCUAUUACAGUACUGACAAGUUUACCGCUGUGAAGAAACUGAGACAGGCUGUGAGGGAAAGUCUGAACCAAGCUGAGUUUAAGAGGUGCUCCUCUAUUGCUGUUCCCGCUAUCAGCUCAGGGAUAUUUGGCUUUCCCCUCGACCUCUGCACUGAGACGAUUGCUCAGGAACUACAUGCAUACAUUGAAGACCCAACGCGCCAAGGUGGCAGGAACACACUGAAAGAGAUCCACUUGGUGGACAAUAAUCCCACAACUGUCAAUGCCAUGGCUCAGGCUGUUAAAAAGGAGUUUACAGACUUCAAACCCAGAAUGACAUUUCCACAGCAAAUGGGCUGUGGCAGUGGUCACCGUAGUCGUGGUCACCACGGUCAGAAUUAUCGUGGUCGUGGAAACCGAGGUCAGGGAUAUCGUGGACAAGGUGCUGAUAGACAUCGAGACAUUGGGGCAAGGGGUAAUGACUCACGAAUGUACAGGGCAAAAGAUUCUGAGGAUUUUGAGACUCAAAGACGGCCAUACUCAAACCCACGAUUGAGAACCCAAUUUGAGGACAUAGACAGGUCAGGGUCGGGGUUUCUUGAAGCUCAAUCCACAAAAGAAGGACUGAAAAUCAUACUAAAGAAGGGGAAUAUCCAGGAUGCACGUUCUGAUGUAAUUGUCAAUACCGUCUCAGAAGACCUGGACCUCAGUAAAGGUGCCGUCUCCAAAGCACUACUCAGCGCUGCUGGUCCUCAACUCCAGGCUGAAACUUAUUCUCAUCUGAAAUCAUUUCGGACUCCCAGUCCGAAUCAUGGAGACAUAUUGGCCACUAAUGGUUAUAACUUAAAUUGUCUAAAGGUCUUCCAUACAGUUUGUCCAUUUUGGAGUGGAGGGCAUAGAUCAGAAGAUGAGAUUCUCAAAGGAAUCAUUCAAAAGUGCCUGAUAAAAGCCGAGAACCAGAAAAUGGCUUCGAUUUCAUUUCCAGCCAUCGGCACGGGGAACCUUGGCUUUCCUAGAGAUGUUGUGUCCAGCAUUUUCCUAAGUGAGAUUCGUGCCUUUAGUGCUGGAGAUUCUCCUCAGUACCUUAAUGAGGUGACCGUGAUUGUGCAUCCGUCAGACAGCGAGACUGUCCAGUGCUUUGUAAAGAGCUUCAGAGGUGAAUGGCAGGGUUCCACCAUGAAAGGAGCACAUGCUGUUCAGCAAUCACCACCUAAAAAACCACCUCCUGUUAGAUCACCACAGUCUGCUGUUCCUGCUGUGCAGAGAACCUGUAGUGUGCGAGUGGAUGAUGUACCUGCUGAUGCUGUCACCAAUAAGCAACUUCUAGAGCUGUACUUUGAGACAUGGGGUGGAGCUGUAGAGAAAAUCAUCACAAAUCCAGAGCAGAAAACUGUUAUUAUAAUUUUCCAGUCACAAGAUGUUGGUCUUGAUGAGAAUGAAAUCAGCAAGGGUCUGGAAGACACUCCACAGUCCAGUGCUGUGGUCAUUGAGAAAGUCCCAGACCAUCUUUCCAGAGAGUUCCUCAUGUUUUUAGUGGACAGUAUCUGUGCUGCUGAGAAGUUUCUACUAGAGUGCCAGACAAAGAAAAGGUUCCAGGACCAUGGUCUCAUGGCUCGGUCUCUGGAAAUAAGUAGAAGUAUUAAGGUGGAAAACCUUCCUGCUGAGUGUGCUAAUGAUUUUCUAGAACUUUACUUUGAUAAGUGGGGUGGAGCAGUGGAGAAACUCGACACAAUACCAGAUGAGCAGGCUGCCAUCGUCACCUUUCAUGAUCAAGAGGAUGAGACCCAGGAUGAAUCCAAAGCUGUGGUUCUGGAGAAAAUGCCAGAGAACUUUACCAGAGAGGUCCUUAUGAUCUUAGUGGACAGUAUCUGUGGUCUUUCUGACAAUGAAUAUUUCUUGGAGUUAAUUCCAGAAUCAAACACUGCUGUUGUGACCUUUAAUGACCCCAGCGCUGCAGAAACGUUCUUCAUAAAGUGCAGGAGUAAAGAAAAGUAUAAAGAUUAUGGACUCACAGCUCGGGCUCUGGAGAAAAGUAAAAGUGUUAAGGUGGAAAACCUGCCGGCUCAGUGCCCUGAGGACUUGCUAGAACUAUACUUUGAUAACUGGGGUGGAAUGGUGGAAAGAAUUGACACAAUACCAGACGAGCAAGCCGCCAUUGUCACCUUUCAUGAUCAAGAGGACAGACCAACAUGGACCCUUCCCAAAUCAUUUACAGAUAAGAUCCAUCCUGCCAUCAGAGAAUUCCUCCAGAAGAAGGGACAAAUCUCCUCCAUCUGUAAUCAGAUGAGCUCACACUUCUGCCAAGUGAACAUGGACAACGAUGACGUCCUGUUCAGUCCUCUUCCUACCCUGCUCAGACAAAAGGGUAUAACCAAAAAGCACAUAGAUAACUGGAAGCAAGACACCAUAGAUGCUUUCAAAAACAUCCUCUCCAGCUUUGGUGUUUUGAAGUAUGCAGUGAUCCCUUCAGUAUGGACUGCAGUAGAGAAAGACAUCCGGCCCUUAAUUCAAGUGUCUGGAGAGCGUAUCCAUGUUCAGCAAGCUCUGGACUUUUUUGAGGCAGUUGCAGAAAGUCUCCACACUGAUAGUUUAAUAAUUAGAAAAGCAGGAGCCAAAAAGUAUUUUGAGGAACAGGGAGCCAAUGUCAUGAUGAUGAUAAAGGAACUAAAAUUUGUGGUUGUGCUUGAGGAUGCUUCUAUGGAGGAAGAGGAUGAGAAGAGUUACAAUGAGGAGAGUGAUGAUGAAGGAAGAGCAGAAGAUUUUAGACAGCUUUUCUGUGAGGUUCAGACUCCUGGUGGGAUUGUCAUCAAAGUCCUGAAGGCUGAUAUCGGCCAAUUUAAAGUAGAUGCUGUGGUCAAUGCUGCCAACGAGGACUUGAAGCACAUAUGUGGUUUAGCAUUAGCACUUCUGAAUGCUGCAGGUCCAUCUUUACAACAAAGCAGUGAUCAGUAUGUAGCUAAACAUGGGAAACUGCUACCUGGGAAUGCUAUUACUACAGAAGCAGGCCACCUGCCAUGCAAAUAUGUAGUUCAUGCUGUAGGUCCCCGCUUUUACAAUACUGACAAGUUUACCGCUGUGAAGAAUCUGAGACAGGCUGUGAGGGAAAGUCUGAACCAAGCUGAAUCUAAGAGGUGCUCCUCUAUUGCUGUUCCUGCUAUCAGCUCAGGGAUAUUCGGCUUUCCCCUCGACCUCUGCACUGAGACGAUUGCUCAGGAACUACAUGCAUACGUUGAAGACCAAACCCGCCAAGGUGGCAGGAACACACUGAAAGAGAUCCACCUGGUGGACAAUAAUCCCACAACUGUCAAUGCCAGGGCUCAGGCUGUUAAAAAGGAGUUUUCAGACUUCAAACCCAGAAUGACAUUUCCACAGCAAAUGGGCCGUGGCAGUGGUCACCGUACUCAUGGUCACCACGGUCAGAAUUAUCGUGGUCAUGGAAACCGAGGUCAGGGAUAUCGUGGACAAGGUGUUGGUAGACAUCGAGACAUUGGGACAAGGGGUAAUGACUCACAAAUGUACAGGGUUGUACAGGGAAUGUACACUCAAGAUUCUGAGGAUUUUGAGACUCAAAGACGGCCAUACUCAAACCCACGAUUGAGAACCCAAUUUGAGGACAAGGACAGUCUGAAUCAUGGAGACAUAGUGGCCACUAAUGGCUAUAACCUAAAUUGUCUAAAGGUCUUCCAUACUGCUUGUCCAUAUUGGAUUGGAGGGCAUAGAUCAGAAGAUGAGUUUCUCAAAGGAAUCAUUCAAAAGUGCCUGAUAAAAGCUGAGAACCAGAAAAUGGUUUCGAUUUCAUUUCCAGCCAUCGGCACGGGGAUCCUUGGCUUUCCUAGAGAUGUUGUGUCCAGCAUUUUCCUAAGUGAGAUUCGUGCCUUUAGUGCCAGAGUUUCUCUUCAGUACCUUAAUGAGGUGACCGUGAUUGUGCAUCCGUCAGACAGUGAGACUGUCCAGUGCUUUGUAAAAAGCUUCAGAGGUGAAUGGCAGGGUUCCACCAUGAAAGGAGCACAUGCUGUUCAGCAAUCACCAGCUAAAAAAACACUUCCUGUUAGAUCACCACAGUCUGCUGGAAUAUUUGGUCAAAUUGGGGCCAUGAAAAUAAUUUUCAGCGAAAAAGCACAAGCAUCUGCAAAAGGAGAAUUUGUGUUUCUGGGUGAGGAGUUCGAGCCUGUCGUGUUUCAGCUGUGUGGAGAGAGUAAGGAGGACCUGAACGAGGCAAGAAACCUGAUCACCAACUUCAUUAUGAAGGAGCACGUAAGCUCAAAAAUCAAGGACUCGGCCAUCAGCUAUUUCAGCCAGGAGGAGGCUGACUUGCUGAGCAAACUGCAGAGGGAGCUCACGGUCAGCAUCCAACUCUCAAAGAGCGGCCCUGAGCCGGCGUUCACUGUGGAGGGCCUGACACGAGACGUAGUAAAGGCUGAGAGCCAAAUCCGUGACAUGAUCCGUAAAGUGGAGAAGAACAUGACACGCCAACGUGAAGCCUUUAUACCGAGCAGUCAAGUAGAGUGGCAGUAUCAGGACCGCAGUGGGAACUUAGUGCCUUUUGAUAUUUUGACUAACUACGACCUGGAGCAGGCUUUUGUACUGAAACAGCCUCUUGUAAAGAUAAACAUCAAUAAUGAUCCAUAUGAUGCCAAUUUAGCCUAUGGGACGGCUAAGGGGAAACGUGGACAGAUUGAACUGAAGAGGACUGAUCUGAAACGUAAGACAUGACACCAGAAAUCAUCAUAAUUGAGAGUUUUAUGAACCAAACUACUAGAUAUAGUAAUUUCAGAUUGUAUAUUACUGUAUGUUAAUUUCUUUUAAAGGAAUUGUUUCAUUAUUUUCACUUGAUCUUGUUUUCAAACCGAUUUGCACUAAUUAGUUUUGCUUUUUUUUUUGUAAGAACAAACUCCUGUUUCUACUUUCACAAAUUUGUGGGGAUUUGUGCUUUCAAAAUGAAUAAACGAGCACUCAUAAAGCCAGGGCAUAAUUAGAAAUACAAAGGAAUUGAUUCCAGUUUCUUUUUUUUCUCUUUAAAUUUAGUACAGUGCAAUGUGUAUAAUUUCAGAACCAUAUAACUGGGAUUUAUUCAUUCAGAUGAAACUCAGAAUAGAAGCCUUUUAGAAAGUAAGAGGUGUUACACAUCCAAAGAUCUACUGAAGGACCCUUUUCCUAAGCCAGCGGUAAUGCUCACUAACUGUCUUAUGUGGUUGAAGUUCUUCCACUCCAAUCUUAACACAAUGUCUUCAUGGAUCUAAUUUUUACACUGUACAUGUCAAAGUAACAUCCACAUUAAUGCCCGGACCCAAGGUUUCCCAGUAGAACAUUGCCCAGAACAUCACACUGCCUCUGCCUAAUUGCAUCCUGGUGGCAUCCAUAGUGCAUCCUGGUGCCAUCUCUUCCUCAGGUAAGUGAUGCACAUGUAC